CGGUUGCAGUGACGCGGUUGUUGACUCCGCUGUCAGGAGUCAUUCAGAGCCGAGGACCCAGCGAGCAGGUGACGAUGCAGUUCCUUGGCCGCCUGUUGGACACAGUCUCCUCUGUGUCGACCCUCUUCACCAACCCCUACCGGGUCAGGGAUGUGCCGCUGUCCGACUACGGUGGAGGAGGCAAAGUCUUGCUGAAAGAGGAGGGGCGUAUCUUCUUGUACAAAAACACCCACUGUCAGUCAUGGGACUGCCUGCUUAUGUGCCCUGAGACGCCAUCGAUGGUUCUGAGGCUGUUUCAGGUGGGGUCGGAGGAGGACGCCAUGAACUGGUUUGCGCAGUUUGCUCUCAAGCUUCGCCCCUUCUACGAGACACUUCCUCUGAAGGCUGAGGCCACACAGCCCAUUGUGGACUGCAUCCGCAACCACCCGGACUGGAGCUCUGCCCACAUCGCCGUGGAGACGGCCCUUAGAGAGUGUCUCAAACAUAACUAUGUCCAGAGUCAGAUCAACUCUCGGAACGCAUCAGGUCAGACGCCGCUGCAUCUGGCAUGUGAGCGCGGAGACUUGGUGUGCGUGAAGGAGCUGUUGGAGGAGAGCCAAGCUCGUACUGACAUCAGAGACCGCAACGGAGAGACGCCCAUGCACUUUGCCGCCAAGCAGGAUUCUCCUGCCGUCAUCCAGGUCCUGUGCUCUCGUCUGUGCUCGGGCGUGAAUGAGCUGAACAGCAACGGGGAAACGCCGCUGCACGUGGCCUGCCGCAUGGGACGCAUGGAGGCCGUCAAAGCUCUGUUGGAUGGCGGAGCCAAGUGUGGUGUCGUCGGCGGCACUGGCUAUCCCAUCCACAGCGCCAUGAAGUACAGCGAGAAGGGCUGUGUGCAGGAGAUCCUGAAAGCCGACCCAGGCCAGCUCCAGGCUGAAGACUCUCUGUACGGAGGGACGCCGCUGCACUGGUCCAAAACUGCUGAGAUGUGUCGUAUCCUGCUGGAGCAUGGCUGUGCAGUGAACUACCUCAGCAAGACCGGAGAGAGCGCCCUCCACAUUUUGACCAAGAGGGGGCGCUUUGAGGCAUCCAUGGUGUUGCUUACCCACGGGGCAAAUGCCAACCUGAAGGGCCAGGAUGGGAACACAGCCCUUCACCUGGCUAUGAAGAUGGACCACAUGGAGCUGAUCAAAGCUCUGAUGGUGUUCGGUGCCGAUGUGGAGAUCCACAACGACCUGGGAGAAACCCCCGGACUGAUCACUGCACGCACCAGCAAAGGUAAACGAGGCCGGAGGGACGGGGACGAGGGCUUCGAACUGAGAGGGAGACGAAUGAACGAUUCUGUGAGAAAGAAAGAGAACAGAAAGGAAGUCUGAGUUUUGACAGUGAAAUGCUGUGAUGAAACUUACUGAGCCUCGUCUGACUGCCUGGGUUUGAUUUCAUGAGGUUUUAUUUGAAAGCACAUGUUCUGCUGUUGAUAACACAAUCUCUGCAUGAACAUGAUUGUAUGUAAUGAAUAACUUUAAUCUUUACAGGUGCAAUACAGACAUUGUUCUGCCAUGUAGUGUGAUGAAGAUUGUUGAUUCUCACGUGCAGAAUUUAUA